AUGCCUUCGAAAAACAAGGGGCAUAAGCUUGCAAAUCCGCCAGCGAAUGCGAUGACACCGGCUAUAUCUUUGAUGCUGUUCAUAUUGUACCACGCAGAGCUUCCAAAGCAUACGAUGGAGGUCAGGGCGGCUAUACCCAUGUCGAUUGGGUCAGUGAGGGAGCCAUGGGAGGUUUUUGACCAGCCGUAA